AUGUGCAUUGCCCUCAGUAAGCUGCAGUUACUCCUGAUGGGGGUAGUUGGUAUUACAGAGUUUCGUGCUGCACCAUCUGCUCUUCAGAAAGAACCUAAGUGUGGACAGAAAGUUGAAGAGACAAAGCCAUGGAAUUACUUUAACCUUUUCACUCGGAUUGUUGGGGGAAACCAGGUGAAAAAAGGCUCACAUCCAUGGCAGGUUUGCACAUCCUAGUGUUUCCUUAAAACGAAGAAAAAGCAUUUCCGUGGAGGCACCAUUGUUUCUGCUCAGUGGGUGGUCACAGCAGCUCACUGCAUCUCAGACAGGAACCUACUGCAGUACUUGAAUGUAACUGCAGGAGAGCAUAAUUUGAGGAUCAGGGAGAAUGGAGAACAGACACUCCCUGUUAAAUAUGUCAUUAAGCAUCCAAAAUUUGACCCCAAAAGGCCGAUGAACUAUGACGUUGCCAUUGUGAAACUGGAUGGAGCCUUCAGUUCAUCAGUUUUGCCAGCCUGCCUUCCUGAUCCAGGAGAAAAGUUUGAAGCAGGAUAUAUCUGCACUGCUUCUGGUUGGGGCCGUUUAAAUGAGAAUGGAGUACUCCCUCAGGUCUUACAUGAAGUCAAUCUACCAAUCCUAAACAGUAAGGAAUGUUCAAGAGCAUUAUCAACUUUAAAGAAACCCAUCCAAGGAGACACUAUAAUGUGUGCUGGAUUUCCAGAUGGAGGAAAAGAUGCCUGCCAGGGAGACUCAGGAGGCCCUUUUAUGUGCCAAAGUAAGCAUGGUGCCUGGACUCUUGCUGGUGUGAUCUCCUGGGGGAUGGGAUGUGCUCGUGCCUGGAUAAGUAAUAAGGAGAAGAAACAUUAUGACAGAGGAUCUCCAGGAAUAUUGACAGACCUGACUGCAGUGCUUUCCUGGAUUCAAGAGAAUAUGAGUGCUGAUCUGAAAAUUAAAAGCUCCACAGCAUUUUGUAGUAUUCAGGAUGGCAAACUCCCUGACAGUGAAGGAGAAUUAAAUUUUCCUGGAACUCCUACGCAGUUCUAUCAAAACCACAGAUUGUGUGUAUGGACUCUGUUUGUACCAGAAGGGAAUUAUAUAUCACUUCAUUUUUCCCACUUUGAUAUCAAGCAGGGAACAUUUUGUGACUAUGAUUCUUUAUCAGUCUUUUCAAAAGACAACAGACUUAUUGGGAAAUUCUGUGGAGGAGAUAUUCUCUUACCUAUUUUGAUUGGCUCCAAUAGUAUAAGCCUGAAAUUAGUUUCUGAUGACAAGGAUUAUGGAACUGGUUUUUCCAUGACUUACAAAGCUCUUACUCCAGAUAUUCUUCCUGAUGCUGGCUGUGAAUCCUUAGCUGUCCUUUUUGAAGAAGGAGUGUUACAAAGUAUGCACUAUCCAGAGCACUACAGCAACAUGGCAGACUGUCAAUGGAUUAUUUGUGCACCACAGGAUCAUGUGAUCAAGCUUACAUACCAGUCUUUUGAAGUAGAAGAGAGUGAAGAUUGCUCUUAUGAUGCUGUGACUGUGUAUGAAGAUGUGCAAAAAGAGGAGGAAAUUGCUAAGUCUUGUGGAUUUGCCCUACCAGCACCUGUUCUAAGCUCCUCUGCCAUGAUGCUUGUUGUCUUUCAUUCUGAUGAAACAGAGACCUUUGGUGGAUUCAGAGCUACAAUCUCUUUUGUCCAUGUUUUGGAUUUAGAUACUUUGCAUUCAACCAGUGAAGAAUCUGAAGAUAUGGAUAUGACUGAGGAAGAAACACAGGUUACAACAGGUGAUAUUUGUGGAAUGCCUUCAAAUCAACCCAGGUUCAUCUUCAGUAGAAUAACUGGAGGUGAAGAAGCUGUACCAUACUCAUGGCUAUGGCAGGUCAGUGUACAAAUUUCAGAUGAGCAUAUCUGUGGAGGAGUUCUUGCCAAAGAAUGGGUUGUCACAGCUGCUCACUGCUUUAAUUCUAAGGAAUUAUACAGAGACUUAUGGAUGGUGGUAACUGGAUUUCAUAAUCUUACAGAGCAAGAAUAUAGACAGGUACUAUUAAUAAAGCAGUGUAUUAUACAUCCAAAUUUUAACAAGACCACUAUGGACUCUGACAUUGCCUUACUGGAACUGGCCAAGCCCUUAGAAUUCAACGACUACGUGUGGCCAGUGUGCCUCCCUGCCAAGGAGGAGGCAGUCCAGCCCUGGAGGGCGUGUGUUGUCACAGGAUGGGGUACACAUGAAGGAGUUAUAUAUCUUUUACUUCAAGACAGAGAAAAGGGGAAGAAGCUGCAUCAGCUGGAAGUCCCCAUCCUGGGGCUUGACACAUGUCAGAGCUAUUACGUAAAUCUUCCCAGUAAAGUGAACCAGAGGAUGAUCUGUGCUGGAUUCCCUCUGGAAGAAGGCAAGGACUCAUGCACAGGCGAUUCUGGUGGCCCAUUAGUUUGUCCUUCAGAAGAUAACUCAGGAUUUUACACCCUUCAUGGUAUCACUCGCUGGGGCUUGGGAUGUGGAAGGAAGAGAUACCCAGGAGUAUACACAAAUGUUGGUGAUUUUGUUGAUUGGAUCAAACAGAGUGUUAAUAGUAGCGAUCUCCCCAUUUUCAUGGUGAAAUCAAAAGAGGAGUUCUGAUGGACCACAUUGUAAAACACUUCCAAAGCACCAACGUCAUUUAAAGCAAAAUUUGAUGGGAGUGUGUUAGUUCAUGACUGGUGAACAGAUUUCCAAGUAGCUGAUACUCAGAUUGGUGCAUUUACUGCUGAUUUACCCAGGUUGAGACUUCAGCUUUACACACGUGUGCUUCAGGCUUCUAACCCUCUGUUAGUUGAUCGUGGGAUAGAACAAGGCCAAACAUGUCCUAGAUUGCAGUACUGGAGAGCAUAAAAAUACUGUAAAGAUUAGGUUGAAUAAGUGUGAAUGUAAGACAAAGGAAGGGGCAGUCAUCCUUCCAUUAAGGUCCAUGAAGGUGCUACCUCUGGCUCUGAGAGGACCUAGGCAGUGGAAGAAGUGUCUCCCCGAGGAGCAGCAGAACAUUGUCCAUAGUCGUUAGUGAGGUGAAUCAAUCCAAUUGCUGGGAAAGGAAUAAUUUUAAGACAGUUGCUGGGAAAGGAAUAAUUUUAAGACAGUUCCUGUUUUAACAAAUUGUGCAUUGUUGAAACAGGUUGAGGGUUUGCAAAGACGGGUGGGAUGGGCCAAAGACCACUGGCACCAGGCAAGAACUGACAGCUGUCCUAAUUAAUCUGUACGUGUAAUUAAAGAGGUACUGUGAAACACACACUGUGAACAGGGCACGUUUCCUUGUAAAUAGCAGGUUUUUAUUGCCCAAACAGCUGCUUCCACCAGAAAUAGCGAUGACAGACUGCAGUUAGCUUUGCAGACUGUUCUGUGCAGUCUUAGUGUUUAGAAAGGAGAUCAAGGUAGCACAGGUAUGAUCCUUCUUUGACACAAUGGUCUAGAAAAUAACUAGAGAGUAAGAAAGAUGUCUCACUUUGUUUCUGUUUGUAUUAAUGGCAAAAAUCCUUAGAAAUGUGUUUCCUGUAUGUGCGUUUGAUGCUAGUAACCCUGCUUUUCUUAUUACAUUAGUGUAAAACUUCUGAUUUUUUUGAAGGUCUAAUUUUAUUCUGUAGCUCUGGAAAGAAAGUAUCUCUACCUUUAUUUUCAGUUGAAUAUGGUAAAUGUUUUCCACCAGUUUUAACCUCUUCACUAUAAAGUUUUAGGCAAAAGCCCACAAAAUAAUCUGGAGCAUGAGCUUUCUGUGAAACUAUGGAAAUAGUUCAUGGUGGAAGGACUAUGACAAAUUCAGAUGAAGUGCAAGGCACAGCUGUGUUACACUAUUGAUAGAGUAUGCUUGUUCUGUCUUUGAUAAGCUCUUUGAAGAGGCCUUUGGAGAACAAUGGAGGGAAAGAAUGCUUUGCAAUUUUUCAUUGUGGAAGUCUGUCAAUGCUGAAGUAUGGUGGCAGUUGUUAGGCAAUGAUAUCACUUUAAUUGGCUGGUUUUCUGGUUUGCUUAAUCAGCCAAAGGACCAUUAGGAAUAGUUAGUACAGAAAAUCAGGAAUAUUUCUAAACAUUUCUCAAGCUCUGUAAAACCCCUUACCUUUAUAUUUCUGAAGGCAAGGAAAGAGUCCAGUUCUCAAGGGAAAAUUAGUGCUUCCUAUUGAUAAUGCAUUUCAGAGAACUAGUU